AUGAACCGGAACAAUGGACGACCAACCUUCAGCCAGGGACAACGUAAAUCCGGCUCUACUAAGGAUUUCGGAAGAUUGACCCCGGAGAAAGCAAUUCUCGGCACCUACGAAAUUGCACCCAGCCAGAAAUCCAAUGGUCGCAGCCGACGCAGCGAAGGAAGAGGCAUCAAUAGCGGGGACCACGCCAGUCAAGUGCGCCGAGGUCAGCUUCAAUCCUUGAAGCAAAUCCUGCCAGCAGGAGCAUUACAUGGCUGGGGUAACGACGAUGUUCCCUCAGAGCUGCGAAACGAACCCUGGAAAUUCAAUACCUUCGAUGAUCUUCAAGAACGACUGGAGAACAACCUAGUACUAGGCAGAGCUUGGAUUUGGAUCGGUAAAAAAUGCCCGAAACAUGAUAUGUCCGAACAAGAAGGGAAAGUGGAGAUCCAGAAGGCUAUUCAGAGGAUGGAUGAAAGUCUCACCAAAUUUUAUGAAACAAUUUUCUUCUAUCACAUGAAAUAUCCCAUAUCUUUCACUAUCUAUCAUGAUAAUCUGCGCUGGUCCCUGACUCCUUACUUCCUACUAGAAGAAAUUACUAGGACUUCCAUCGACUUCGGAUUGGAACCCUUUCGCGGUUAUCCUGCCUACCUGCUUCAUUGUGUCAAAUCCUGUCUGUCGUAUGAAUGGCUGUUAGAUCCUCGCCUUCCUACUCACAUGGUUCCACAUAUACUCCACUCUACUCUAUUGACAACUUCUAUUAUGGACGCUCUCAAUAUCUCUUGCAUUCUACCCAACUACAAGUUCAACAAUAUGGCACCUAACAAACCAUAG